GCGUGGAUGGUGUUGACAGUGGGAGAGGUUCGGGAACAUUGGAUGGAAACACGUACGCUACAGAAGAUGGUGUUAUGACUGAGGGAUUCAAUGAAAGGUGGUGGAUGUCUCUGAGAUUUUGGCUAGCAGUGUCGCCGCCGUGUUGACAUGGGGGAUGUUGCAGGAGGGGUGUGUGGCCCUGGCACCAGCUCCACAUCAUGCCGCCCUCAACUGCACCCUGUGGAGCGUCUGUGUGUGACACUCAAGCCGCCGCCCUUCCCUGGGUGGCUCAACCAAUCAGAGGUGGAGACAUAUAAGCGUGACUGUUCCAGCUGGCAGACAUACGAAGAUAUUUGCAUUUAUGGGAGGGGAUCGCUCCGAUUCGGUUUUGAGUCGCCGCCAAUGUCUCCGACCACCUGGAUUGCCCCCGGUAUUGCCUUCUCUGCAUCGGCCAUCUUAAUCAUCGGGACCAUCAUCGCCUACCUCUGGCACAGGAAAUACAGGAGCAAAUACACAGUGGACAGCAUGCGAUACCACAGCUACAAGGGCGGCCAAAGUACUACCUCUGACCACGCCCUGAAGGUGGAGAGCUACUCUGUUACAGUCAUCAGCACCGGCAAAAUGGUCAACAUGCUUGAGAGUGGUGAACAUGAGACACAUCUGGACCAAGACGAAAGUGUAAAGGUGGAUGUUGAAAGUGAAGCAGAUAUUACAUCUGAGCAUGACAAGCUGGACAUAACAUCCAGCCCCGAGUCUCCAGACAAGGACUACUCAAGCUUUGUGCUGCCCAAUGUUGUGCCCUACCAAGACAUGUUCCCUCAUGGUGACCACGCCCUGUAUCAGAGAUCAUAUGACCCCAACAAAGACAUGAAGGGCCUUGGCAAGAGUGUGAGUAGUGAGCCCAUCAGACCCACAGGCCGGGUGUUAGAAGUCGGGUAUGUCAACCCAGCCUAUGAUGGCAAUGAUAGUCUUAAGGAGGGACCUUCACCAAAGAAGAAGAAAAGGAAACCGAGGAUGUUUUUCAGUGAUAGGAAGGCAGCGAGCAAACAAAUGAAAUAUUAGAGUUCUUUAUGCAAACUCUGAACUGUGCAGUUGGGUUUACUACUGAGCUGUGUGGAGAUUCAGCUUUGCAUAGUACAGUUGCACAGGGAGAGGCUGAAGAUGUACCUGUGUAUACAGGUGUACAGGGAGAGGCUGAAGAUGUACCUGUGUAUACAGGUGUACAGGGAGAGGCUGAAGAUGUACCUGUGUAUACAGGUGUACAGGGAGAGGCUGAAGAUGUACCUGUGUAUACAGGUGUACAGGGAGAGGCUGAAGAUGUACCUGUGUAUACAGGUGUACAGGGAGAGGCUGAAGAUGUACCUGUAUACAGGUGUACAGGGAGAGGCUGAAGAUGUACCUGUGUAUACAGGUGUACAGGGAGAGGCUGAAGAUGUACCUGUGUACAAAGGUGAACAGGGAGAGGCUGGUUAUCACACAUAAUAGCUCUGUAAUCGUACAAUAAUUGAUUGUAAUCCUAUCCCCAUCAGAAAAUUCAAGUGGAUAAUAACAAGAUACGAUCAUACCUGUGUAUAGUCAGAGGGUGUACAGUCAGAGGCUGACAAUGUGUAUACAGGUGUGGAGGGAGAGAUUGUACCUGGGUGUAUACAGCAUAUGAUAUACCUAUAUACACCUAUAUUCAUGCACAUAUAUCAAAUGUUGUAUGCUGCCAUGGAACGGUGCUACAUGAGAAACAUUUGGUUCCCAGACUUAAUGAGGUCAAAGGAGCACUGAUCUGUGACAGUUCCCUGGGACCGACUGUUGCCUUUGUUACUGGUGAUAUCACAGAUGAUAUCCUUGAAAUCUUGGCUGGUUUGCAGUUUAUGCUCUGACAACCAUGUGCCCAAUUGAGAGUAUAAGGACAUACCUUCAUGUUAAUCAACACGGAUGAAGUACAGUUUCAUCUCCAGCACUUAAUAUUGAAAUUUAGGCGUUUGUGUUGUGCAUUUUUGUUAACACUAGUUCAACUUGUAACCGAAACUAUUGAUUACACCUGAACAUCGCCUAUAAAUCAAAUCAUGUGUAAAUAUUACAGUCAGUGUGUACAAUGGCUGUUAGUUUCACUGAGGCAAUACAUAAGAUUCUAAAUAUUUUCAGUUAUUUUACAAAUUGGCUACAUAAUGUAUUUAUGUAGUUUAUAAUGACAACAACUAUAAGCUUUUGAAGUUUACUUUUAUCUGACUGAAAUGACAUUACUGUAAUGAUUUGGCUUCUUUUCAGCAGUUUGGGAUUUAGUUUACAGCCCAAAAUAACCAAACUUUUGUUUUUACUUUUAUAAGCCUACUUAUAUAGCAAUAUUACGUGAUAUCAGCAUAUAUCAAGCUAUCAAACACAAGCUAUUGUGUAAUCAUAUGGAACACAAGCUGUUGUGUAAUCAUAUGGAACACAAGCUAUCAUGGAACACAGAAAUGGGAUGCAAAUGAAGUCAUCUUGUCGUCAGAAAUGCAGGGAUACGUUGUCCUCUUAUCAGACUAUAGUCCGUUUGGCUCAAAAUCGGACCGAUGAAUUGCAAUCUAACUCGAAAA